AAACUCUUAUGCCUAUAUAUAUAUGAGGAAAAUGAGAGAAAAUUUUAAGAAAAUACUCUAGAAUACAAUUGUUGUGUUAAGCAAAAACAAGAGCAGUAAAGCAACAGGCGUUGAACAAUUUAGAUGGAUAGAAAAAACAAUAAAAUGUAUGCGUAAAAUAAUUAAAUUCAAUCAAUUUAUAAAUUAAAAAAAUAAUAAAUCGAGUACUUUUUGUAUACUGUAUUGUAAAAAAACUAUGCGCAUAAUAUUAAACAGGAAAAUAUUUAAUGUAAAUAAUGUUUUUACAAAUCAUAUUAGAAUAAAACUGUUUUUCAUGCACAUAAGCAAUAAAUUGAUAAAAACUUGCUAAAAAUCAUGGACAGUGCAUCAAUUCCUACCGAUAGACAGCUGGCCUUAAGAGCAAAACUCAAAAUAGGUUGGUUCGCAGGACGUCCUGAUGUGCCACUUAGUUCAAAGGAACAAGAAACAAUUAAAAAUGUUAUUAGACGUAAUGAGGCUUUGGAAAUGGCUGAAAGACAACGAGUCGGCAAGUUGGUAGAAAGAAUGGAAAACAUCAAAUCACGUGCAGUAGAAACAGGACCGAGAAAUUGUAGAAUGUGUGGACAAACAUUUGGUCUUCUUGUUGGCGUAUCUAAAUUUUUGUGUGAUAUUUGUAAAAAGCCUGUGUGUUCAAAAUGUUGUAUUGAUCUCAAUACGAGAUCACUAACUAAAAGAGUCGUUUGGCUAUGUAAAAUAUGUUCAGAAACUCGCGAGCUAUGGAAAAAAACAGGAGCAUGGUUUUACAAAGGAAUUCCAAGUUAUGAGGUUCCACAGCGUAAAAAUAUUAAUAUUUGUAAAGAUGCUAAUAUUGAUGAAGAAGUUAUGAAAAAUCCACAAUGUAGUGUUUCGGUAGAUGAGGAUGAAGUUGUUAUUGCUAAUAAGGACAAGAAUUCAAAUUUACAAAAUGGAACGUUAAACGUUUGUGAAGAUAACAAAAAGAAAUCUAAUUUUAUUAGACAAACAAGCUCAAAUGAGCAACAAAAAUCAUCUAAUAACCUUGACAUCGAUUGGGACUCUUUUGCUCGACAUCGUGGUGCAUGUAAUGUAAUUUCUGCUACAAAUUUAAAACGUAGCUCUGUGUCUUCUAACUUUUCUAUUUCCGAGUCUUUUUCGGGAAAUGAUAGUGUAGGAGGUGUUUAUCAAGUCUGUCGUGAUCCUAUGUUGGGAUGGCUCGAAAUUUCAAUUAUUUACGAUGAAUCAAGGCACUGUUUGGACUGUAGUAUAUUAAGGGCACGUGAUCUUCUUCCUAUGGAUAACCAAUGCCUUGCGGAUCCAUUUUGUAAAGCCAAUAUUAUUACAAGUGAUUCAAAAUUCAAAUAUACUAAAUGGAUGAAAACAAAAGUGGUACAUAAAACAAUCAAUCCAGAGUUUAAUGAGAAGUUUAGUUUGAUUGGUGUCGAACCAGACGAAUUAGCGGAAUCGGUUUUAUUUAUUAUUGUAUAUGAUGAUGAUAAAUACGGGCAUGAUUUCUUAGGAUCUUGUAAAUUUAGUCUUUGUUCAAUUAAUAUGACACAUCCUAUACCAUCUCGAAUGUCGAUUUCACUAUCACCUGAAGAUUUGCACGGCUCGCAAGCAAGCGACUCCGAAUCUUGGCCAAAUGGACGAAUAUUUGUUUCUUUAUCUUACAACACUUUGAAACGUUCUUUAGUUGUAAUAAUAAAACAGUGUGAGAACUUAAUUCCAAUGGAUACCAAUGGGUUAUCAGAUCCUUUUGUUAAAAUUCAAAUGAAACCGGAAUCACAUCGUAAAAAAUACAAAACGUCUGUUAAAUGGCGAACCCUUAAUCCCAUUUACAACGAAGAGUUUCUUUUUGAAACAAGACCAAUUGAGAUGGAUAAACAAUCAUUAUAUAUAACUGUCUGGGACAAGGAUAUUGGAAAAAGUAAUGACUUUUUAGGUUCUCUAAUCAUUGGAUCCAAUAGCAAGGGAAGAAGGUUAAGGCAAUGGCGAGAUUGUGUUCGUUUACCGGAUGUCUUUCAUGAAGCAUGGCAUUAUUUAUCCAAUGAGAAUAUCGGCCAUCAACGUUAAAAACCAUUUAUAUCCUGUUUAGAAAUUUAAAGUAUUUUACGUUCAAAAGGAAUUAAUUCAUUGACAAUAAAAAACAUUUGGAAAUAUUAAUUCUUAAAAAGAUCUUUUUGAAAGAGUGAAAUAAAACAAAUUUG